CUCAAGUGGAAAGACGCAUAUUUUUUACUCCUCCUUCUUCACUUUUAAAAGACGAUGACGCUCUGGAGAUCGAUUCCCAAUGUUGAUUCAGAGAUUGUGAAAGCCACGUUAAAGAAAUACAAUGAACUCCCUAAGCAAGGAAAACCGCUUGUCCAUGAAUCAAAGGCCGAAUGGACUGUCUUGGCUUCCAUUGUUAUGAUUUACUGCUUAAGGAUAAUUAUUCGAUUCAAGUUAUGUCCUUAGGAACUGGCCUCAAAUGCUUGCCGUUCAGCAAACUUUGUAAGACAGGAGAUUUACUAAAUGAUAGCCACGCAGAAGUGAUCGCUCG